AUGGCACUUCCAAAUGGCUCAUUAAAUGUUUCUAACUACAAUCGUUUGGGGAGGAAUGUUGAAGAGGCAGAUGCAGAAGAGAUCAUUGAAAUGGCUAGUAAAGCUUCUGUUGCUGAUCAGGAGAAGCAAGUCCAAGAAAAAAUCCAUUCUCAAAUUGAAAAUUUCUGCACAGCUAUGGAUGAAAUUCUUCUUCCUGAUAUGAAUAAGAAAAGUGAGCCAGGUGAACCACUUGGGCAGUCAGAUACAGCUUCUUGUCAUGGUGGCCUUAGUUUGGCUGUGGGAAAGAGUGGUCAACCUACUGUUCGUCCAGCUAUGUCUGAGACAAGGCCAUUGAAAAGUGCAGAAGUUUCUUGGAGGUUGAAAGAUAUCAUUGGCUACACACUUGGUCGGAAGGCAUCUCAGAUACCCCACAAAGAAGCUGGACAAGGCUUAUUUGUAGAUGGUGAAGCUGAUGUUGGCACUGUGAUUGCCUUGUACCCCGGCGUGAUAUACACCCCACCUUAGUAUCGUCAUAUCCCUGGAUACCCAAGAGUUGAUGCCCAUAAUACAUACUUGAUUACAGGGUAUGAUGGUACUGUUAUCAGUGCCCAGCCCUGGGGUUCUCGGGGCGAAGCCCGUGAAGUGUGGAAUGGAUCACUUGUGCCAGAAAUCAGGCCUAAUGUGCAAAGUAGCGAGAAAGGUUCGGAUCAGUUCUGGAAAAUGCUCAGUAAGCCUUUAGAAGGGAUACAACUUAGUUGUACUAGUGAGGUCCUAGAGCGGAGGAACCCAUUAGCUUUGGCUCAUUUUGCUAAUCAUCCAGCAGAGGGUAUGGCUCCAAAUGUCAUAAUUUGCCCUUAUGACUUCCCAUUGACUGAGAAGGACAUGAGAACCUAUAUACCAAAUAUACCAUUUGGCAACUCGGAAGAAACGAAUAUGAGAAGAUUUGGCAGCUUUUGGUUUAGAUCUAGGGCAAAAAAGAGUGGGUCUGAUGUUCCUGUUCUGAAGACUCUCGUUUUGGUGGCUACUAGGACACUUUGUGAUGAAGAAGUGCUGGUGAACUACAGGUUGAGCAACUCAAAGCGACAGCCAGAGGGGUAUACUCCAGUGGAUGAAGAGGAAUACCGAAGGAGAUAAAGCUAGUGAGUGAAACUUGAACGUCAAAAGUGUUGUA